GUAGUACGAUCCGACCCAAUUAGUUUUCACGUCCACAGAAUACAGAUUCCGAUUAAUUUCAGAUCUACUUUCUUCUUCGUCUUCAAAUUUUUUUGAGAUGCUUUAUGAUUCCCACAAUUCUUCAUCUUGUUUCUUGAGGUUUUGAUCUUUCGAUUGCACGGUCAAGGUCGAACAGAGGGGAUUAACAAUGGGAUUCUUGGUCACAUCCCUGAUUUUCGCCGUGAUUGGAGUCAUCGCAUGUUUUUGUACCCUAAUUUGCUGUAAUAGAGGCGCUUCGACUAAUUUGUUUCAUCUUACUUUGAUCAUUACUGCAACAAUAUGCUGCUGGAUGAUGUGGGCAAUUGUAUAUCUUGCACAAAUGAAGCCACUUAUUGUUCCCAUUCUGAAUGACUCGGAGUGAAGUAUUUAUUUUGGGAACCUCUACUACAAGUUGUCUUAUGAAUUUUAAAUCAUCGUGGGUUGCUGCUGAUCAACCCUAAAGAUAUGUUCUAUUUUUCAGAUUCCAUGUAUCUAUGUUGCAUUUCCAGGUUGAAUCUGUGCAAUUCAUAAUUUGAAGAUGACCUUCAAUCGGGCUUCUUGAGUGCUGUUUUUUAAUUACUCUUCGUCAGAAUUUUUGGACGAUGGACUGUUAUUCAUAGCUACUUAUUACAAAUCUCCAUUUGUGAAUUAGAUACUUUGUGGUUGGGGCUGUUUGUUUCAUUCUUCAACUUUUAUCAAUAAUAAUAUCAUUUAUUAAUGAA